UUUCUGUACUUUCUUAUCCAAAACAAAAUUAGGGUUUUCCAGCAAGUUUGAAGGGAGAGGGGGGCAAGAUGAUGACGACGAUUAUCUAACUUAGUUUAUCUCAAUAUAGCAGAGAGAUCCCAUCCAAAUCAAAAUUAGGGUUUUGGGUUUUCCAACAAGUUUUGAAGGGCGAGGGUUUCCAACAAGUUUGACGAGAGAGGGGGCGAGAUGAUGAGGACGUUUUAAGUUUUUCUUUUUUUCAUUAUUCGUUGCUUGAUGCUAUGAUUAUCAUUUAGUCCGUCUCAAUAUAGCAGAGAGAUACGCAGAGGUUCUCUUGGGUGGGUGGGUUGAGACAGGGAACUCUGAGACAUGGCUGAUCUCCCAAACGAUUUGAUGAUAAAAAUCCUCACUUUGCUCCCUCUUGAAUGUAUUCUCAGAUUCAAGACUGUUUCUAAAUCGUGGAAUGAACUUCUUUCCUCUUCAUCUUUCGCUGCAAUGCAUUAUCUCCCAUCUUCUCCUCCCUUUCCUCUGUUUCUCAACUGUGAGGAUGGCACCAUCUAUUACUUUCCUCCAACCGAACGUGGGGCAAAAAACCCUCCCUCUCUCUACCCAAUUGAUUCUACCCCCCAAAAAAUUUAAUUUUCAGCCGCAUUGUCGGCCGGUGACGUUAAAUUUUAGCCAUGGCAUGGUUUGUUUCCAAGCAUCAGAUUCUCUGGAUUUUUUCGUAGGUAACCCUGCAACAGGGAGAUGUACCUUUCUUCUGAGACACGGCGAGAUCUUCGGAGCAAUGGCAACGGGUUUUUAUUUUGACCCAAUCUCUCUAAAUUUCAAGAUCUUUGCUUUGGGGAUCUUCGAAGUAAAAAUGGUGUGUAUCGGCGCUAUCUUCUAUAUCCUCAUUGGUGAUACUCUGGUGGCUUUUGAUGUAGAGAGAGAAACACGGGAAGAAAUCUCCACUCCGGAGAAUAUAAAUCGCUUGAGCUCUGAAGUUCAAUUAUGGAAUGGUCAGGUAUCUUUUACCCAUAUAAAUGGAGAACUGAAGCUGAAAAUGUGGGUUUUACAUGAAGAAAAAAAUUGGAUUCAGAUGAUAGAAGUGGACCUUCAGAGCAUGAAGCGCAUAGAAAACAGAAGUUCGAGACUUAAAAUGAUGCGUCCUCUUCUCUUGUUUGGCGAUACAUUUUUCAUCUCUCUUCUCUUCGAGGAAGAGAAGAACAUCAUAGCCUUUAAUGUGAAAAAUGGAAGUGAGCGAUUGAUACGUGAUGGUUAUCCCACGAGGUCUGCCAUCAUAUUUGAUACGCACCGACCUACACUCUUAUGGUGUGAACCAUUUAGACCCUGAAACACUCUUAUCGUGUGAACCAUUUGGACCCUGAAUUUGGUAGUUU